AUGUCUGAAAUCAGACGGCUACAAGUACCAGUACCAGUACCAUGGUAAAUGAGUCAUUAGAGAGUACUUAAUAUUUAUGUGAAUAAUUAUUUUACUGACGCGUUACUAAAAAUUUAUCAGUGAAAUGUUUAGAAUUUCGAGCCUGGCUUAAAAUCUCACCCGCGAUGAGUCAACCGUAGCCUAACAUCCAUUGUUAUACCAUGGACCUAUUAAUAAGGUAUACUGUUUGUAUUCGAUCAGGACGCGUGAUGACUGGAAAGCGUGUAGCUGUGAUAGGUGGUGGUUUGAGCGGUCUUGUGGCCAUCAAGACAUGCUUAGAAAAUGGCUUACAACCGUUUUGCUUCGAAAGGACAUCAGUAAUUGGUGGAGUUUGGGUUUACAGUGAUGGUACAAAUAGGGGACAAGCCAGUGCCAUGUACAAUGGCCUUGUUACCAAUACCAGCAAAGAAAUGUCCUGUUUUAGCGACUUUCCAUUUCCGAAAGAAUAUCCACCGUACUUAUCUAUUCAUCACAUAAUCAAAUAUUGUCGCGACUACGCUAAAUAUCAUAAUUUAGAGGAAUACAUUAGUUUCAACAUAGAAGUGACCGACGUCAGCCCUGCAGACGAUAACCAAUCAACUGGCCAAUGGAAUAUCACUACUCGACGAAUUCAACAAGAGCAGCCGAUACAACACACUGACGUAUUUGAUGCAGUCAUGGUUUGCACGGGAUGUUAUUCAAACAUGAAAAUGCCAAUUUACCGGGGUAUGGACGAGUUUAAAGGACAGAUUAUUCACAGUAACAUGUUUAGGAAGGGAGCAGAUUUUGCUGGACAGAAUGUUCUUGUUAUAGGUGCAUCACAUUCUGCGGGAGAUGUUGCGACACAGUGCAGUCACUAUGCUAAUUCGACGUAUAUAAGCUUAAGAAGUGGAUGCUACGUUUUCUCAAGACGGGGCCCAAAUGGAGUACCAGCUGAUUCCGUUUCGAAUUGUCGGGCAGUUUCCAAGUUGCCUAAGUUCGUGCGCUCAAAAUUGAUCGUGAGAUUUAUUGAAUCAAGGAUGGACUUAGAUAGCCUCGGUCUGAGAUCAAACAAAGACAUCUUCAGUGAAAGUACAAUGGUAAAUGACUCGUUACCUGACCGAAUUCUCAACGGUACGCUAAAAGUUAAAUCACAAAUCGAUAUGUUCACCGAGAAUGGAAUCAAGUUUGUCGAUGGAACGAGUAUAAAAGACAUCGACACCGUCAUAUGCGCAACUGGAUAUUAUACACGUUUUCCAUUUAUUAAUCGAGAAAUUUUUGAUGAUACUAAGCUUGAGCUGUACAAACAUGUGUUAUCACCAGAACAUCCGACUCUUGCUUUUAUUGGAGCACUGGGCGCUCAAGGGGCAGUGGCACCUGUCGUUGAGCUUCAAGCCCGCUGGGCAGCUUCCAUUUUUUCUAGAGCAAUAGAUAUUCCAUGUUUAGAAUCUCGAUACCGCGACGCAAAAAGACGAAUCAACGACAUGGUGAAAAGAUAUGGUUACCGUAAAAUUUCUGUAUCACUCGUGCCUUAUCAGGAUGAUUUAGCCAAUGACAUCGGUGUUAAGCCCACUAUUGAUCUGUUUCUGACUGAUCCUAAGCUUGCUUUUAAAGUAUUUUUCGGACCAGCCUAUCCGCCAUCUUACAGACUGAAAGGACAGCAUUCGUGGGUAGGAGCAAGGGCUGCUAUUAUGAACGGCUGGGAGAACACGACUAGACCAACAAAAACUAGGGACGUUAUUAAGCAGAAUCGUGGAUUCAAAUGUACGACUAGUGUUUGCGCAGAUUUUCUAAUUGUUGUAUUUUUAGCAAUUAUUACUAAAGCAUUUAGUCAGAACUGUUAAUUGAACUAAUACCGUACCAUACUGUAUUGUUAUAAAGCUGUGUAUAAUUCUCGUUCUGCUUAUCAUCAUACGCCCGGUUCAUCUCACUGUUCGGAAAAAGUAUCUUCAAAUUUGUUUUAAAUUCUUCUUCAUACUGUUUCUUUUCGUCAAAUUCUCUCAUAGAUUGAAAAAAUAAAUACUUGGAAUGUUCGAUUUCCUAGUGAAUUUGUAUUGUUUCCACAGAGUCAAUUUAAUCCUAUAAAGUAAAGCUUAAGGGCAGAUAUUUUUCCAUAGAUUUGUUUUCACUUACAAUACUCCGACCUGAUCCGCUUGCUUGCUUGUAUUUUUAACGUAAUUUGUAGUCUCUAAAAUCGAAUAAAUAAGCCUCUGAAUCCCUUACAUUAUCAUAGUUUCCGGGGUAUACUCCACCUGGAUCACUUCCGAGAGAUUUUGAUUGAUGCCCAACCACGACCAAGUACGUCCUCGUCGGGGAGUCGAGCCCCACAUCGGAGACAUCGGACACCUCCCCGUCAGGCGAAUCCUGGCGCCACGCCUGUGAGUGAACUGUGAUUGUUCAAGACCCUCGCGCAUGAGAUGAUUUUUGUUAAAUGUUUGCAUUGUCUAUAGGCCUAUAUGUUUUUUACAUCUAGUUGUUAAAACUAGUCAUAAAGAUACACGAUUAUGGCAAACGCCUAAAAUAAUAAGAUUAUAAAAAGGCAGCUUCUACCGUUCCUAUUUCUGAAUGGUAGUUAUUGUAUGUAUUUUACGAAAAUAACAUUCUGUCAGAAUUAGUUACCGUAGAACUUCUAAUAAUAACCCUGGGUUACUAUUCUUUGAUUGUUUUUAGGGUGUGUUACUAUUAGAGUAUGGAUUAGGGCUACUAUUAGAGUAGUGGGUUACUAUCACUAAGCUUAAUGUAGGCACUUUGAAAUAGUAAACCACCACCCACCUCAGCUUUUCGCGUCAUAAAUUCUUAGAAAUAAAUAACUACAGUUCGAGUGUAAAAAGAAAUUGUUGAUUUAACUUAAAUCAAAUACACACGUCCACCCCUAAUCGUUUUUUAACCCCCACCAACCCAGGAGUAAAUUCAAGAAAGGAUCACCAACGGUGAAAUCACACUUUGAACAAUAGAUAUUUUAAGGAUUUUUUUUAUGUAAUUUUGUCUAUAGUUUUGGUGCCUAAUAAUAACCCUAUUAGUUAUUGCUUAGUAGUGGGUUACUAUAUAUUGAUUAACUUCUAUUGUGGGUUACUAUUAGAGGGGGUAGUAAUUAGAGUAAUUGGGUUAUUAUUAAAGGUGUUACUGUAUUUUUGUUUACGACUGUGUAACAAUAGCAACUGCCUACAAAGUACUGUUCGCAAUCAAGCAAAAAAAACCAAAAAAAAAACCAAAAAAAAAAAAAAAAAAAAAAAAAAAAAAAAAAAAAAAAAAAAAAAAAAAAAAAAAAACCAGAAAAGAUCACUUAAAGGAAAGCAAAGCGCUUCAUUCAAACUGUAUUUAACACAAUCGUAUAUGAAAAGUAUUAAUUAUAAUGGCAUCUUUCAUAUAUAUAUAUAUACAAAGGCGCUGGUAUCAGUAUAAUUCCCCUGGUCACUGGAUACUUAGUUGGCAAACCAGCACUUUUGUGUGCAAUUUUCUCUGCUCCAUUGGAGCAUCCCUAGUCAUGCUGCUUUACACGCACAACCACGUACGUUCAAUGUCACACCAUCCUACCAGGUACCCAUUUAUACUCCUGGGUGGAGAGAGGCAAACGUAAGUAAAGUGCCUUGCUCAAGGACUCAAGCAAUGGGACAAGCGUCGGUCUCGAACUCCCGAUGUCACUAUCAGAAGUCCAACACUUUACACGCUGCGCUGGCCACACCCUCCUACGCUUGGCUAGCGCGGCUCCGACCUGUAACAUCUGAAGACAAAAUGAUUUUAGUAAUUUAAUAAAAAUAGCAAAAUUAUAA